CUGCUCGCCCGCUCGAGAUUGAUUCCCAAACAAGGGUGACUUUAUGUUGUCUUCGUAUUUGCUGGCUAGUAUAAAUAUUACCUUACAGCUUGUUUCCGGAUUCCUCAUGACCCUUUGAGCAUGUGGUGGUGAGGAAACAACUGUUCUACAAAUUUGAGCUGAGAUGCGACGGGUUCUUCUUUGUCUCUUAAAUGUCACCAAUAAUGAUGCCAAAUACCGAGCAAAAGUUACGCAAUCAUGUGCAUAUUUCUCUUCAACCUCACCUUACUGUCAGGACCAACCAGUUCAAGACCGACAUAUAGAGGAACGUGAACGACAUUCCUCAACUGGGCCCGCGACCCGAAUCCAUAAACUGAUUGCGUCACAGUCGGAUCCACUUCUUGCCAAAGAAAUCUUUGAUUUGGCCUCUCGACAUCCCAAUUUCCAGCCUUCUUAUGCUGUAUUCCACUCCCUCAUCAUCAAACUCGGCCGUGCUCACUACUUCUCACCCAUGGAGCAUCUUCUUUACUCUCUAAAGUCCCACCGGUUCACCAUUUCCCCAUCACUAUUCUCACACAUUAUCCAGAUCUAUGGUGAUGCCGGAAAUCCUGAAAAAGCCCUCAAAACCUUUUACACAAUCUUGGAGUUCAACAUGAAACCUCGCCGUAGACACUUGAACCAAAUUCUUGAGAUCCUUGUUGCCCACAGUGAUUUCAUUCGUCCCGCAUUUGACCUCUUUAAAUCUGCCCAUUGAUAUGGAGUCCUGCCCAACACCACAUCUUACAACAUUCUUAUGAGAGCCUUCUGCUUGAAUGAUGAUUUGAGCAUCGCCUGCUCAUUGUUGGACAAAAUGUAUGAAAGAGAUGUUUUGCCGGAUGUGGAGUCGUAUAGGAUCCUUAUACAAGGGCUGUGUAGAAAGAGCCAAGUGAAUAAAGCCGUCGAUUUGCUUGAUGAUAUGCUUAACAAAGGGUUUGUUCCGGAUACCUUUUGUUACACCACUUUGUUAAACAGCUUGUGUAGGAAGAAACAACUUAGAGAAGCUUACAAACUACUCUGUAGAAUGAAGGUGAAGGGCUGUAACCCUGACAUAGUUCAUUAUAACACUGUUAUUUUAGGGUUUUGUAGAGAAGGCCGCGCUCUUGAUGCUUGUAAGGUUCUUGAGGAAAUGUCUGAAAAUGGAUGCCUACCCAAUCUGGUGUCUUAUAGAACACUGGUUGGAGCAUUAUGCGAUCAAGGAAUGUACGAAAGGGCUAAAGGUUAUGUGAAUGAGAUGGUGUCCAAAGGGUUUUCUCUGCAUUUUUCGCGUGUUCAUACACUGAUAAUGGGAUUCUGUGGCCUUGGCGAAAUCGACGAAGCUUGUGAGAUUGUGGAGGUACUGUUGAAGCAUCAAAACACAGUGCAUAUUGAUACUUGGGAUGGAAUUAUCGGUCGGGUUUGUGAGGACAAUGCUGAGAGGUUGGGAGACAUUUUGGAAGAAAUUAAGAAGGUAGAGAUAAAGCCCGGGUCAAGAAUCGUGGAUAUCGGUGCCGGUUUUGGAGAUUUUAUAAUCAAUAGAAUAAAAGGCAGAUCAAGAGAGGUUUGAUUGCUUCUUGGAAUUGGAAUUUGAUGCCCAUGUGAAGAAGAAGAAGAAGAAGCAAGGUAGGAGUCCCACUAUUUCCAAUAUUGAACUAUAUUUAUAUCCAAUCCAAAAGGAUAGUCUAAGAUGAGAGUCUUGUUUGAGAAUUGAGAGUAAAAUCUUUAUUUAUGG